AUGCGAGUUCCCCACCCCAAGAGUACGUGCCUCGUAUACAACACACUCAUAUGUAUAAGCGGCCUGUCGGCGUUCGUGUACACGAAGUGGGACAAAAUUCCCGGUUUGACCGCAAUAGACUACAUCCCACCCGGCGCAUAGGAUUGUGCAGGCGGGUUUUUCCUGUCAAAACAGCUAACCCCGUCCUUGAAGUGUAAAAUCGGGGAACGUAAAGUAUUUUUAAAUUUGUCCACCUCUUGCAUCGAUUGUUAUUUUUCGGCCUUCUGUCGACUCUGUGUUGAUACAUAAGACAAUAAGAACCCAAAUUGAAGAAUAUCUCCAAUAAUACGGCCAUUACGGGCGUUGCCGCCGGCCGAACUCUCGAAGAUACUUAGAGACACUAACUUCGAGUAUGCGUGGCUGAUGCAAGUGUCUGUUUUGAAGUUGUUGUUAAUCAUCAGUGUAUCCUCGCAUCGUUUCGCAGCUAAUGUUAUGUUCGUGCGAUCAAAAACUUGAGCCGCUGAAGUCGUGAACAAAAUCUGGAAGGUGACUGGUCAGAGUGGAAUCUGAAUAGGCCGCGCUUAUGAUAUGAUAUCACUACCACUCCUUUAGUCGCCCCAUUGCGACAUUCAUAUUUUCCACGGUUCACGGAGGACCUUGGCAUAGGUAAUAUAAACUUGGUUCUUAAAAUCCCUCCCCUUCUUACUUUGCACGCGACACGCGUCUUCCCCUCAGUCAUCACCUGAAUCAUCAUUUUUAUUCGUAACACAGGAAGCAGAAGAUCAGUUUCAUAAAUAUUACUUGUCCGAAUGCAAAAAGGAGAUUGCUGCUCAUCGCAUAUUUACCCGUUUCUGACGCUAGCACCCAUCACCAUAACGCUCUAGUCUGCCGCAUGAACGGUGUCGCAUUGAUGUUGGAAAUGACUGCGAGAGCCUGGGAGACAGAAUGAUUUCAAAAAAAAAAUUGUCUGGCAGUUUCGUUUCUUAAAGUCGGGAGUCUUUUUUCCUCCUGUUUGCAGCUAAGAUCCUGCAUUUUAGUGCGAGCAUAUGUCAACCAAUGUUAAGACGUAAACCAGUUCUCAGACAUGCGUACACGAUCGGUCGUCGUUAAGGGACAGAACGCCAUGUCGACAAAAAUUGACCGUCGAUCCGAAACGGUGAUACCCAGGCACUGACAACAAAAAGAAAUCAGACAAAAUAAAAAAUCCAACAUUAAAGUAUUGCCUUACCAACGAAGACUUCUUAGCAUUCUCGCGUGUCCUUAAAAAAGCUGAUAAAUGUUUUCAAAUGGUCCACCAGGAUGAGAAACAAAGGCGGUUUGACAGUGCUAAAGUUCCGCUAAAGUCAUUCAGUCUGUGAUCAAUUGUACUUUGUUAAUCGUGCUUUUGCUAAAAUGACCUGCUUGGUAGAGUUCCGAGGGGUUUGGAUCCGAAAUUGUCCCAGUUUACCUACUAAAUUUCCCUUCUCCCCAGUUAGGUGAGAAAAUUUUUAAAAUAGGCAUCGGGAACAUUUUUUCACCCAGUCAAAUAACCUUUCCAUGCCGGUUACUGUUUAGCAGCUAAGUUGGUUUUUAAAAAACCGACACUUUUAAAUGCACAGUCCCAUUUCGUUCAGCGUAGAGUCCGUUAUGAAAAAAUUCGGCAUUAGAUGGUACUUAUUUCAAGUUCAGUAGGCACUUGCUUUGACCCCAUGCAGGUUUCCUAGCUGACCGCGGGGCCAGCACUCGGGGCAACUUUGCCCUAUUUGAUCUCCAGGCAGCGGUGCAGUGGGUGCAACUGAACAUUCAUCGCUUCGGCGGCGAUCCCAAACGAGUCACGCUGAUGGGUCACAACCACGGCGCAGCGUUGGUGCAUCUCUUUUCAAUCUCCACGCUCUCAAUCGGUAAGUCCCAACCCGGUCAGUUUUAUGACCCGUAUGACGUCUUCUUAAAUGCGGAUGGGAAUGCAUGAUUUUCCUUGCAUGGGAAUUGUAAAGUUUACAGUUUUGUAAUCCCGCAUGCGGGUGUAACGGCAGAUCGGGUUCAAAAUUAUUCAGGACCUAGAAGAAAAUUUUGAAAUCAAAUUAUGGCCUUGCUUCAAGUACAAAACUCAAAAAAGACGUAAUUUAUUACCAAAUAAAGAACACUAGGCAAGUUUUCUACAAAAUGUAAUAAAUUUAUACGGACGUCAAAAAUCGAUAGGGAAAGUUAAUAGCACUUAAUUAGUCAAUUUUUUGCAAAGCUUAUUUGCAGGCAACCGAAAUAAAGUUUGCUCAAAAGCCGGCAUCCUGACAUGACUAAGACAUUUUGGUUUGCAUUAAUAUAAGAACCAUAGUUAAGUAUUCUUAUCGAGUCGGAAAUACAUUUCGGGAGUUCGGUCAACAGCUCGUAAGAUAGCACGUCUCUUGGAAUUCACAGCUUGCCGGUUAUGGGUUGAAUACAGACACUAGAUAUAGGAGUUUUGUGAAAGAAAACUGGAAACCACGACUCCAGGCCCUCAAAAUCAAUUUAUGAUCAAUCAUUUUUAAACUGGAGAAUAUGAACUUCGUUUCCGUCAUUGCACUGACUUGUCGCGGUUACAGUGAGACUACCUAAGAUCCUUUUGUUCAAAUAAAAAACGCUCCUGGGGCCGGGUGCGCCCGCGGGGUAUCUGUUGGUCAACUUUAGCCUCUCAGUAAGAUUCCUUUUUAUGCUACUCUCAGGUCCACAUUUCUACGGGAUUCAGAACAUUGUGCUGCUUGACGGAUCCGCCACCGCGCCCUGGGCCACAGCCCACUGCGCGGACACCUUAAAGGACUUUAUAGAGUCACAACUGAACCUCGCCUCUGGUGAGCAGACGUCGACGCCGCCGCCCCCAAAUCCGUUGUCUUCACCUAACCUCUUUACCCUCCUACAGAACGCCCCCCUGAGCACCAUCCUUGAACUCCAACGAAACCUCUCCUCACUGCCUCAAUUCAGUGCCUGCUUGCGUCCCCGUCGCGAACCACCGCUCUUUCCAGAGUUGCGUCGUAGUAGGCUACCCGCGGCUCUGGACAUCUCACUUGAUCAAGACGGUUCCCCCGAAACCGCCGAUUACUUCAGGCCGUUGGGACAGUUGGAGGAGUCCAGUAGACCAACCCUGUUUCAGCGGGCCCGACUCAUGUACGGACAGACGGCGGGGGCUGGGAUGGACUUUGACAAGCUGUCGACUGUAGCAAGUGAGGCUGAGAAGAUGGGAACCUUUGUGGACCGGAAUGUUGAAGGGUCUUCUGGCGGGAGGAAGCAGCCUUCCGCACCGAACCAAGCCACCGACUUCACGCGUGCACUGAACUACCUGCUGAAGCAUGUAUUCAGAUCGCCUCGAAGUCAGCUGGCGGAUCUAAUCAGGUUUUUAUAUGUCUCCUGCUGUCCAGAGGAGAGGCGUCCGGAGACGUCCGAAGGAAACAUGCACCAGCCUGUCUUUCGAACUUCCUCGUUGAAAACUCAGGUAGGUCCGUUUAGUCAGCCAGUCGGUAAGAACGGAAUUCACCAUCACAGUAAUGUUAUCAGGCUAGAACAUAAGUUUUUUAUGACUUUAGAAGUGGGAAUAAUAUAUGGGAUUCAUUAAAUUGCCGAGUUACAGGAAGCAGUUCAGAAGAAAAGGAUACUAUCAUCGAAACAAGACGUUUAUUGGCCUGACGUUUCGGAUUCUCAUCCGAACCCGUCAUCAGAGACGUUUGCAAACACAAGCAGUGGAAGCACAACGACUUCAGUAUUUAGAGUACAUAGCUGUCAUGGGACGAUAGGCGUGCUGUAAUUAACAGCCCUCGAGAUGACCGUUGGGGGUCUAAUUGAUGCGAUGAUAGCACGUCAGUCCGGAUCCGAGUCGUUAAUUUUUGGAUGUUGGCUUGAUGAUUACUCGGCAAGGUGGCUCGCUGUAAGCGGGAUUGUUGCUCAGAUUAUACCUACCGGAGAACUUAAGGCAGUUGCCAGUUUGUGCUCCAGUUGUAUUUGGUGUUCAUUUCAUGUGUUUCCCAUUCGAGUCCAAAAACGCUCUUAAUAUAUGGACUGGGGGUUGCUCCAGACGCGCAUGGCUGAGCACACAGCAGUGUUGAUGAGGAAAAACGUCAGCUCUCAGGCGGCAGCUUAUUCCACAGCACCCGGCCAUAUUUUAAAGUUUCAAGAGGCUGAAAUCUUCGCAAGAGCUGACAAACUCACGAGCUGCGAGCUGCCCGAGUCAUGGUUCUCAGCCCCGCAAUACAUCAGAAAGCGCAAUGGUCCCCCGGCACCAUAUUCUGUGCUGAGACAUUCCCUGAGAAGGGGAAUCAGUCACAUGAGGAGGGCGCGGGCGCACACCGUCCUGGUGACUGCAGGCCAAAUUGUCGAAUAAUCAUCUUUGGGAUCGUUUCUCGCCCGCGCUCUCCCUACGUGACUGCUUCCCCUGUUCAGGAAAUGUCUCGACAUCGAAUAUGGUGCCAGGAGAUCAUUGCGCUUGUUGCUGGAUUGCGGUCCUGAGAACCAUGAUUAGAGCAGCUCGCGACUCACGCGGAUGUCAGUGCUUGCGAUGAUCUUGACCUCUUGAGAUUUGAAAAUAUGGUCGGGUUCCGUGGAAUGGGCUGCUACCAGAGAGCUGGCGUCUUUCCUCCUCACCGCUGCUGCGUGCUCAGCCAUGUGCGUCUGGAGUACUCUCUCAAUUUCUCCAACUUAGUUGCUCUGUCCGCAACUGCCCCAUGUUCAAUAAACGACUCCAGGUGUUUGCUGCCGCGGCAGUGGGUCUUUCGGCCUCAUGACUUGGCGCCUGAUGGUUGCUUCCGACCUGUGUAAAACCCCAACUCCAAGUGGAGUUAGAAAGCGACCGACGGCUUCCAAGACGUCCCUCACGCACGGAAGAGAUCGCCAAAAUGUAGGGCCUGUUGUGUUUGGUUUCUGAUUUCAUCUGCGUACGCAUUGGUUGACAAAGUUGCGCAG